GAACAGUCAACACUGUUUAUAUGUAACUGCGGAACUACCCAUUUGGAUGCUCAUUCAGUGCCAGACCGGAAAGUGUGUCAGACGGUUGCGCGGUGUUCGAUUUUAUUCCCCUAUUUAUAUUGGUCUCUAUAUAGAUUUAACGAAGUGAGGUGAACUUUAUACUGAACAGAACAGAAAAUGUCUGCGGAGGAACUAAAAUUGGCCGACGAGUUGUUCGACGAUGCAAAGUACCAGGACGCAGUCGAUCUAUUGGACAAGAUUAGCGAGAAAGACGUAGUUGAAGUUCAGUGGCGUUUAGCUCGGGCAGUAUUUUUCGUGUCGAAGCAAACCAACAACUCCGACGAAAAAGCAAAGUUCGUUCGAGAAGCGUUCGGAUUCGCACAGCGAGCGCUGGAGUUGGAUGCAAAUAACUUUGGAGCCAACAAAUGGUAUGGAACUACCCUAUCGGAGAAAAGCAACCUGGAUGGGGUAACCGAACGAAUUAAACAGCUUGAAAACGUAAAGAAACACUUCACGCUGGCCAAAGAUUGCAACCCAACGGAUCCAGGAAUUUGGCAUAUGCUCGGACAAUUCAAUUUCAAGCUCUCCGAAGUGAACUGGGUCACGCGUAAGCUCAUUAAUUCGGUUGCCUCGAACCCACCAACUGCUUCGUAUGAGGAGGCGCUUGAGUGUUUUGAGAAGGCUGAAGGACUGAAAGCGGGCUUCUACAGCCAGAACCAACUAUACCUGGGAAAAACCUAUCUGGCACUGAAGCAGAAAGAUAAGGCGCGCGAGUGGUUCCAGAAAGCAUCCGAGGUCGAAGUUCACAGCGAAGAUGAUCGGGUGUGCCGCGAGGAGGCUAGCGAGGCAUUGAAGAAACUAUAAUUUCCGUUGUUUUGUUUAAUUGCCAUACGAUAAUUUAUGAGUAAGAACGGUGUGAUUUCCAGAUAGUGUUUGCCAUAGGAGCUUGCGACAGUGUUGAGUAAUGCGGCAUUGAAUCAGCGACAUUAACGAUCGAAUGGAAUUGAAUUCUAGUUAGCACGCUAUCGAAAGAGAGUUUAUUUUCGUUCUUCAAGCACUAACAAUUUUCCGUUUGGUUCGAAGCGAGGCAACAGACAAACCGGAUCCAUGGGUACAAUAAAUGAUGGUAACGAUGCUUUAUCUUCCUAUAGUUGCGCUUGAUCAAUGUCAUAGAGAUAAAUAUAUGAGUGAUAUUUCUUAACAGGUCAA